UAGUUUGUUUUGUGUGUAAUUAUAAAUCGAAUUUAGAUCUAUAUGAAAUUUGUAACGCUAAACUAACACACGUCGGUAGGUACAUGUACAUCCAGAUCAUCAAGUUACAGAAAAUUUUAAGGUAGCGUAAUUCUGCUUUAAUCUUUUACAUAUUUCGAUUUCAAUCACGUUUUAAUUGAUAGUGUUUAAUUGAUUAGCAAUAUAAAAAUGCUUUACUUUUUGCAGACAGCCCCUGCAUCAUGGUGAAAGUCACUAAAGGUGGAAAUUUCGACUCCGCUCAAAAUAACAUAAAUUUCCACCUCUUUCGAGGUUGUCGAAGAAAAUACAAUUAUAUUGUUCCUCUGUUGGUUAACAAUCCAAUGGUUAAACACUGUUCUGUUACAAUGACGACACAAAUUAUUUGUGUCCGAUAGCCAAAGAGAAAUACAUGUAUAACAAGAGAUUUUGGAAUAGGGGAUUCCUGCGCGUAAAAAAUAUUUAAGCACUCCACCUGAUGGGAACAGGCCGGACUGCAUGGAUUUAUAGGUUUUUGUGGCAUAGGCAUAAAGAUAUAUAGUGAUUAUAUUAUUGAUUUAAGUUUAUUUUCAUAUGAAUUACUAUAAUAAUUAUAAUGUAUAUGUAUUCAAUUAACUACAAUUUAGGUAUACAUUACAAAUCACCUUGCGUAUAUUAGCCUUGAAAAGUCGCUACUUAUUUUUAAAUUUUGAUUGUGGUUAAUUUAGUUUCAAUGAACAAAAUAUUUAUAUUGACAAUCACAAUUCAUUCUCACUGCACACAGUUGACGCGAAUAGUUUAUUGAAAAUUAAAUAAGUUAGAUACAAAAUCUUGUUAUAUAGGUCUACAAAUGGUAAAAUACAGAUAUAGAUCGAAUGGAAUAUUCAUUUUCUAUAACACGUAUACGAAAUGCUGCAAGACUUGAUGAAAAGACACCAAGUUAAGUUAUAAAUAAAUAAUUGAUCGAGGUAGAUUUAAGACGUUCUUAUCAUCAAAUUACAAAACAAAACGACAUAAAACGAGAAUAAACAGAAUAUCAAAUAUUUCUGUGUUGUUGUUUUUUCAAAGCUGUCUCAGAGACGUGGACUUUGUAUUGACAAAGAAUAAUCAAUCGCAGUGAUAUUUAGAAGCAGUUUAUGAAGGAAAACUUGUAUAUCUUCUGACGAGGACAUUAAUGUUUUUAUAGCAGAGGCAACAACUGUAAGGAACUUGCCAACAUAUGAUUUGGAAAGCUAUUCCAGAAUUAAGUGUUCAUCAGGAAGGAAAUAAACAAGAACUACAAAUAACACUCGUAUCCCGACACUAUGGAUGAAAGACGGACGCUUUUGGAAAGGGCUAAAAUUGCCCAGGAGGCGUGUCGCUGGAACGACAUGGUAGAAUUUAUGAAGGGUAUCGUAAAGCUUGGCCGAGAAUUAUCUGUCGAAGAAAGAAAUUUGCUGGCAAACGCGUACAAGAAUAAUGUCGGGUCGAAAAGGGCAGCUUGGCGGGUAAUAAUGAGUAUUGAACAAAAUAUCGAGGGAGCUAAUCGAAAGAGGGAUAUCAGUAGAGAAUACAGAGCUAGAAUUGAAGAAGAGUUGAAGACCACUUGUAACGAAGUUCUUGAGCUAAUUGAAAAGCAUCUUAUCAAUACCGUAGACAUGGAAAAUAAGAUUUUCUACCAUAAGAUGCAGGGAGAUUACUAUAGAUACAUAUCGGAAUUUAGUAGAGAUACCGCAAACGACAACGUAUUUGAAAACGCAAAAAUUGCGUAUGCGCACGCGUUUGAACUUUGUCGGGAAAAUCUUUCUCCUGCGCACCCAUUGCGGUUAGGGAUUAUUUUAAACUUUUCUGUGUUUUAUUACGAGAUAUUAGAAGCGCACGAAACUGCCUGUGACAUGGUGAAGGAAAGUUUAGCAGCAGGUGAGGAGGAUCUUCAUAAUAUUACACAAUCAGCAAGAGGUGAUAGUAGCGUUCUUUUACAGCUGCUUGAAGAUAAUCUAAAUAUAUGGUCAGCGGAAAUGAACAACUCACGGAUAAGUACAUCACCAAAAUAUUUUUAAUGCUAAACCUAGUGUAACCCAAACUUUUCACAAUGUGUUUUUCAGAACUAUUGCGAUAGUCUACAUAACAACGGACUUAAAUAACAUAUGCACAGAUAAUUAACAAUUUAAUUUAAUUUCACCACAUUAAAGUUAAGUGAAACAAACAAGCGAAAUAUUAAUAUUAAGCAUCCGUGAAACGUAAGACAGUUGAAGAUUCGAUCAGACUUACAAAAUGUCUGCUACAAACUAUCUAUAGUCGAAACAUUUAAACUUGGUGUAAAUGAUAAUAUAAGUUGGUACAAAUGAUUUAUAAGUUGGUACAAAUGAUAAUAUAAGUUGGUACAAGUGAUAAUUUCAGUGUAACAAAAUGAAACGAUAUGUAAAUUUAAUGCAUUUGAUAUGCCAGUUGGUGAAAAUGAAGUUCUCCCGGAGUUGAUAUAUUGUAAAUAAACCAGAUAUUCCGUGGAUUUGAAAUAUAGUGAAUGGGACAACGAUUCUCGAUUCAAGAUAAAACACCCGGAUUUUCAGGUUACAUAUGAAAAAGAUAUAGAUCAAACUAAUGCUUAUCUUUAAAAAGCAAAUGCCAAAAUGUAGUAAAUUGUUUUUAGUGGUAACCACUAUUGAACUGUCGAUUUCGGGAGAUUUAACAUAGAAUCAUUAUACCGGUAUACAUGUACAAUUAAAAAAUUUCUGUUUCAAUGUUAUAGAUGUAGUAUGGACAAGAUAAUUUGUUUCAACCAAAUUUGUUAACAGACAUUUUUUUAAAAUGACAUUAUGCAGCAUUGCUCAUCCCAUUUUCUAAGCCUGAACUGGAAUAUAAAAAAAAUGGUCAAAGGCACUAAACUCGUGUCAAAAGGAAAUGUCUGUAAAUAUCUUUCGGAAUAUAACAGCAAUUAAUGUUCAAAUUAAAAAGAGUGGGACAGUCUUUUUAUAUUUUCCAAAACCAACUGUUGGUCGCUUACCAUUAUAAUAGUAAAUCAUUUGAGAUAUACAUGUAUAUCAAGCUCUGUUUGACAAUAAAAAAAAAUUGAUAAAUGUCACUUUAAGAUAAUUACAUCCGUGGAGAUUAUAAUUUAUUCUGCAGGUUUUACUGCUAUAGUAUUUCAAUUAUUGGACUCACAAGUCACCUUCAGCAGUUUGUACAUUUUUUUAUUCAGUUUGCACAUCUUGUAUAAUAUUUGCACAUUUUUUUUUUAUUUUUGACAUUUUUUUCUGUACUGCAUUUUAAACUAAAAUUAAAAACAAACAGAUCACUAUCAAUUUACAAACAUUAAUUCUUUAUAUAAACAAGGCAGUCUGAAUAAAAGCUAAACCCCUUCCCAGUAAACAUGUUUGUGUACUUCUUGACCUUUAACCAACCAUGACCUUGUGCCAUGCAUAUCAGAAGCAGGUAGUCUCACAU